UUGCUAGGACCAUUUUAUUUUCUGAGCGUGUUUGUGUGGAAGCAUUUUAAUUUAUAAUUAGUAUCAACAGCAGAUUAACAAGAGAAUAGCAGAAAUACCGUAGCUGGACGUAACAUGAUAUAACAUCACUUUAAAGACAUUAAAUAUGCGGUUUGUCUGUGCUGCAACUAAAUGUCCACCACGUCCUUACUGCAAGAGAGUCCCACCUGUGUUUAGUGAGGUUCUCUCACAGCUCACAUGGGAUGCAAUUGUGUGGCAAUUAAGGUCUGUUACUUGCAGAACAAAGCGCGUCGACUUCGACUUCCCAGAUCGGGGGAGUAGCGGGGUGUAAUCCCUGAGACUCUGCAUCCAAUUUUUCCACUUCAGAGGAGGACAUGAAUGGCUGGGCCUUUUUCUGAAAACUAUCUGCGGGAUGAUAAUGGGGCUGUUCUGUCUGCAGGCGCCAGCGCAAACAUAUGUUAACUUUCUCCCCUGCCUGAAGACUGUAAUUGACAAAAGUAGUACUUGAAGCAGGCACAGAAAGAACGAAAAAAUGCUCAAGGAGGAAUGAGAGCAGAGAAAUAACAGGCUUUGCUAUAUACUUUGUCGAAGUGUACUGUAAAUAAUAAUUUAUAAUUAAGAUUUUGAAUAAGUUGCCUUGUUUAUUCCCCCAAAUAAAAGCGCUAAUUACAGUGUCUGGCCUGGUUCGUUAAAUUUUCUAUAGCAUAAGCCCCUUCCCCUCCCCAUAACCACCAUACCACAACAAUAAACAGCAAGCCGGUCUUGAAGUGGCUGUGCUAAUGAUAAGGCAUGACACAGUGGGGGAAAACAAGGUUGUUAAAAAGCAGAUGUCCAUACCGGCUCACAGAUGGGAUUGAUAUUGACAUGGCUGGAGGUGAUACGUAUGCCGUAGUGUAGGUUUUACAUGCAAGCCCAAAAAUGUAUGUGCUCUAAUGAGAGUGGGUGGCUGGGGCUACAGCUGCAGAGAGAAGGGGGGUAUUUAUUCUAUACCAACAAGUUUUUUCAUUCAGUCUGAGAACGGCACAGGGAACGUGAGCGAAGGAGGAGGCAUCAUCUCUGAUCAACCAACCGUUUUUCCAACAGUGAUCAUGCAGACACUGGUGCUCCUCCUCGUGCUGGGAAUUGUGGAUUUAGGCAUCGGUCAGCGUCACAACCAGUUCCAGUGGCUGUCCCAACUACGAGGACGGCGGCAGCACGCCGGCUGGCAGGAUCAGGACGUGGACUGUCCCCUGGAGUGUGACUGCCCCUCAGCCUACCCCACGGCUAUGUACUGCCACAGCCGCGACCUUCAGCACGUUCCCUACGUCCCCUCACACAUCAAGUACGUCUACCUGCAGCGGAACCAGAUCACAGGCAUCCAGGAUGGGGUGUUUGACAAUGCCACUAACUUGGUGUGGGUUGUUUUGUUUCACAACCAGCUCAGCUCAGACAAGAUCGGCAAGAAUGUCUUCAGCAAGUUAAAGAACCUGGACCGGCUCUUCUUGGAUCACAAUGAGCUCACCCGAGUGCCUCCCAACUUGCCCAAAUCUAUCACGGACUUGCGACUUAAUCACAACAAGAUCUCGAAACUCCCCGCCAACUCAUUUGAGGGGAUGUCAGAGCUCACCACUCUUCAUCUCCAAGAAAAUACCAUAGAGGACGUUGGAGGUGUGUUCAAGGGGAUGAAGUCUCUGGCCAUGCUGGAUAUGAGGAAAAACAAGCUGAAGAAAAUCCCUGAAAACCUCCCUGAAAGACUUCAGCAGCUCUACCUGGAGUUUAACAACAUCGAGAGUGUGCAAGCAGGCUUCCUCACCAUGCAUCCCAAACUGCAGUUUGUGCGGUUGGCUCAUAACAAGCUGACUGAUAAAGGACUUCCGUCCAGCGUCUUCAACAUCAGCACCCUGGUCGAGCUUGACCUGUCCUUCAAUAAACUGGAGAGGAUCCCUGUUGUCAGCAGGAACCUGGAGAACCUUUACCUGCAGGCCAAUAAGAUCAAAGAGUUCUCCCUGGGCAGUUUCUGCAGCACGAUCGACAUGACAAACUUCUCCAAGCUGAGAAUGCUGCGUCUGGAUGCCAAUAAGAUCAGCGCCAAAGACAUUCCUGCUGAAGCCGCCUACUGUUUGCGGCGCGUUGCCUUUAUUGAUGUGUAAAAACUUGUUGUCCCCUCCUCACCUGACGUGUCCUCAUCUUUUUGUCACGUGUGACUAGUUUUCCUUGUAUUUAUCACUGCCCUCAACAUUAACACAUGGCUUGGAUUGUCAUGAGUGUUAUGAGAUCUACUAUUAGACUUCCGGGGGCUCAACAGUUCCAGUAUUCGUCAGUGGGAAAUGCCACAGUUGUAUAAUCACGUAUUCAGAUCGGUAUAUGGAUGGCAAAGCGUGGUAAGGAAUAAUCAGAUCAUGGAUGUCCUUUUAGCAAACUUACAUUAGUUCCAGUGUUCUGGCAAAAUACUAUAGCCGAUGGCAGUGGUUUAGGGUUGUGUCGUGGCUAAUAUUGUCUGUGUUAAACCGCCAAUCACUGAUGCAAGAUUCAGUUUGGAUCUUUGCUUCCACCAUGUGGCUCAAGGUGAUAGAACAGCAAGUUGCAAGCAGCAAAUAGUAAUUUUAAUAAUUUUUGCUUGUUAAUGUAUUACCGAGGAUGGACAUUCAUCAGUGUAUUUAUAGUUUGAUUUUGCUAGUUUGUGUUGUUUUCGUUCUACAUUCACCUGCAUUUAAAGUUGCAUGACGUGAAGUGUUUUUGCCCACGACUAAUUUCCAGACGGCUUCGUCCUUAUUUAAAGCUACGUCUGCAUGGACUCUUAUCAAAUAAACAUUUUGAAAUCGUU